AGCCAUCUCAUACUGGGCUUGUGUUACAGGGCUCAAAUAUUAACCUAAGCUCCGCCCGUCCGGUUCUCUCUUCUGAUAAAAUCGAGCAAACCAGCAGGCGUGACGGGAACUUUCCUCGCAGUGUUUACAGGUCAGGCUCUUCCUCGCUUUUACCCUGUUGUGUCUGCACCAGGUCUGCACAUCUAACGACCUGCAGUGACAGCGUCCCACACAGCCCGAGGCACAAUGGAAUGCUGUGGACUACUUACUGCCCAGAAGGAACCAGUUCCCCUGAAGAGCAUUGAGGUGGAGCUGGAGGUGAGGGACCAUGUGGCGACAGUGGUCUCCACUCUGAACUACGAGAACAAGGAGGACAAACCUCUGGAGGCUGUUUUCGUCUUCCCUCUCCCUGGAGAUGCUGCUGUCUGUCACUUCAGUGCUCAGAUUGGACAGACACAGAUUGUAGCUGAGGUGAAGGAGAAACAGAAGGCUCGUGAGGAGUAUGAUGAUGCGCUGAGCGCCGGUCAGCAGGCCUUCCUGUUGGAGGAGAGCGAGCAGAGUCCAGAUAUAUUCACUCUGAGUGUGGGCAGUCUGCCUCCAGGAGAGAGCGCCUCCGUCAGGCUGGAGUACGUCACUGAGCUGGCUGUGCAGGCGGAUGACGGGCUGAGGUUUUGUCUGCCUGCUGUGCUCAACCCUCGUUACAAAGCUCAGGGUAGUGAAGGUGCCGGUGUGCAGGUGACCUCUGUUCCAGCCUCUCUGGUUCCCUACAGUCUGUCGUUUUCUGUCCGAGUGUCGUCUCCUCGUCCAAUCUCCAAAGUCGAGUCCAGCUGCUCUCUGGAGUCUCUCCAGUACGUCAACACAGAGCAGACCCAGGCCACGGUCAAGUUGGCUGCAGGACACAAGUUUGACAGAGAUGUUGAGCUGCUGAUUUAUUACAGAGAUGCUCACAAGCCCACUGCUGUGGUGGAGGCAGGACAAGCCUCUGCCAAACCUGGGAGUCUGAUGGGCGAUCCAGUCCUGAUGCUGAGCCUGUACCCUGAGUUCCCCAAGUCUGUGAUGUCUUCUCUCGCCUCAUGUGGAGAGUUUGUGCUUCUACUGGAUCGAUCUGGGAGUAUGGAUUGUCCAACGAGUCACACCAAGCAGCAAGAAUCUCGAAUUGCCAGUGCCAGGGAUACUCUACUGCUCCUGUUGAAGAGCUUACCAAUGGGCUGCUACUUCAACAUCUACAGUUUCGGCUCCAUCUUUGAACACAUCUUCCCAAAGAGUGUGGAGUACAGUGAGAAGACCUUAGAAGAGGCUCUGAAGAAAGUCGCAUCGAUGCAGGCGAAUCUGGGAGGAACAGAGAUUCUAAAGCCCCUUACACAUAUUUUAAGCCAGACCUGCAUUUCGAAUCAACCUCGACAAGUUUUUGUCUUCACUGACGGAGAAGUGUUCAACACCAAAGAAGUGAUUCAUCUGGUGAAGAAGAAUUCAGGUUCCCACAGGUGUUUCUCUUUUGGGAUCGGGGAAGGGGCCAGCUCUGCUCUUAUCAAUGGGUUGGCCAAGGAAGGAGGAGGUCACGCUCAGUUCAUCACAGGAACCGACAGGAUGCAACCUAAAGUGAUGCAGUCGCUGAGAUUUGCUCUGCAGCCAGCUGUGGUGGACAUCUCAGUCACAUGGGAUUUGCCAACAGGAGUGUCUGUGACUGUUCUUUCGCCACCACUCACAGCCCUUUUCCAGGGUCAAAGGUCACUGAUUUAUGCCCAACUCACCGGACAGAGUUCAGAGGCAGCAGAGGGCUCUGUGACCGUGAAGUACAGUCUGGCAGGUCAUCUCUCUCAGAACCAGCUUCACUUCCCUCUCAAACCUCCAGAGGACAAUGGACUAACAGUCCACAGGUUGAGUGCUCGGACUCUGAUCCGCUCCCUAGAGACAGAGGAGAGAGAACAUAGAGGACAGCAAGACGGAGGAGUGAAGGAGAAGAUGGUGCAGCUCAGUGUCCAAUCAGGAGUGAGCAGCUCCUACACGGCCUUCAUUGUCGUCAACAAAGGCAACGGCGAGCCGAUUAGAGGACCUCUGGUGCGGAGACCUGUUCCAACACCUGUUUCCAUGCAGGGACGGUCAGGCUCUUUCAGUGCACAACAAUUUUCCAUGCAGGGACGGUCAGGCCUUUUGGGUUCACCACAAUUUUCCAUGCAGGGACGGUCAGGCCUUUUGGGUUCACCACAAUCUCUCUUGCAGGGAGGGUCAGGCCUUUUCAGUGCAGAACAAUCUUUUUUAUUUGGAGCAGCGCCUGAAUUAAACCUUGUCAGCGGGUUUACUGGUUUUAACAAGAAGCUCACAAGUAUGGGGAGACAAAAAACUUCUCUGAAGAGAGUGAGAGCUUGCAGUGGACAAGCUGAGAGGUCCCUCGACAUGUGUGAUUCCCCUUUACCAUCAGAGGGCGUGGGAGCUGGAAACAGAAUGUUGGGUUGCAAUGUGCGGACUCGUAACCAUGUAGCCUCUAUCUCAAGUCAGGCUCUAUCAAAGCAGCCACCCAGAGACCCUUUGCUGCAGCUGGUCUCCCUGCAGAAGGCGUCUGGCUGCUGGCUGCUUGAUCCGGCUCUGGCUGCUGCUGUGGGAAAGACCAGCGAGGAGGUGGAGAACACAAAGCCUUCAGCUGUGAACCAGGAAGUGUGGGCCACCAUUCUGGCUCUGAUCUGGCUUCAUGGCUUCAAGAUGGAUGCCAAGCCAGAGUGGGAGCUUCUGGCUAUGAAGGCUGUGUCCUGGCUCCGUGCUCAGAAUGUACCAUCAGAGGGCGUGGAAGCCGGAAACAGACUGUUGGGUUGCCAUGUGCAGAAAGACGCCAUGGGGCUCUGAGGAUUUUGUAUUGUAUGGGUGCCCAUUUUACAGAAUUUAUUUUGUCUCACUUUAACCCAACAAUAAAGUCCUGUUUUAUCAUGUUUUCCAUUUUCAUUCUGUUGGUUUGUUUGUUUGUAAGCAUAUUGUGCAAAAACUAUUGGAAAUAUUUCAAGAAACUUGGCAGAAGCAUAUGAUAUCAGGUUGAUUGAAGAACCCAUUAAAUGUUGGUGUGGCUCCAGGA